CAGUCUCUCUCCUGCGCUUUCCUGAAUUCCUGACCCGUCACGGUCUCGGUUAACGCAUACUGUAGUCUGUAGCAGCUAGUUGGGCAGGAUCGUUAGCGUCCUGGAGUUCCUAAUGGCGUAGGAGUUGUUCCGUCUCGGCCUCGGGCGGUCUCGUCUGGUCUGGUCUACUCGAGGUCGAGGCCGAGCCGCCACUUGAAGCCUUCGCUAUCCGCCAAAACCUUCCAUUUAUGGAGGGGCUUGCGCAUCGCUCCGCAUGUGUCCAUGUCCGGGCCUCGCCGCCUCGCAACAUGUGGCGGCGUUCCCGGCCCGCCACUGUGCCGGAAAACGACAGCUUUUGGUUUCCCCCGCUCCCGCCCGCGCAGUCCACCACCACCACCACCAGACCACUCUACUUAAUUACUGCCCUCCGUUUACUCGCCACCAGCCAGGCUGCUGCUUCCGACGGCGAAUUGCGCGCGGUGUGAUGCGGUGACGCCAUGGCCGUCUGGCCUGUUGUUUCUCUUCGGUUGUUCUGCAGCAGCUCACGGCUCGCUCCCACUCCCCGUCAUGAACAGGCUGCAGCGGCGGAGGCAUGAGGAGGAGCUGACCGCCGGGGCUCGUCGCGGCGGCGUGAUGGCGGCGAGCCGGCGCGGGCGGUUCGACCACCACGACGGGCACGGCGGCGGCGGCGGGUGCGGGCCGGCGGCCGCGGGCGUCCCGGUGGUGGACCAGGCGGGCUGCACGGCGCAGACGUGCCGGUCCUGCGUGGCGGUGACGCUGGCGGACGCCAUCGCGCUGGGGUGCUGCCCGUGCGCGGUGGUCAGCCUGCUGGGGCUGGCCUUCGUCAAGGCCCCGCUCGCCGUGGCGCGCCGCUGCCUGCGGCGGCUGCGGCGGCGCCGCGGCGAGCUGCGGCACAAGAAGCGGGUGCGCGACAUGGACACCGCCGCCAAGCCCAAAUGCCGCGCCGCUGCCGCUGCCGGCGGCGGCCGCGGCCGCGGCCACGGGGCGCUGGAGGUGCUGGACGCCGACGCCGUGGCGAAAGGCGCGCGGGGCUUGGACGACUCGGAGGCGGACGCUCGCGGCGAGGACGCCGCGCGUGCGGGAGGGAGCAACUCGUCGUCGGGCAGGCUCGACGCGGAGAAGGUGUGGAUGGAGAUGUACCGGGUGGGGCACUGGGGGUUCGGCCGCCUGUCCAUCUCGGUGACCCCGCCCACGCCCGUGAGGCCCGGCGGCGCGGCCACGGCCCGCAACGCCGACGGCGGCGACGCCGGGAGAAAGGACGCGGACCUGCGGUGCGAGUCGUGACCGGCCAAGCCAUCCGCCGCCGCGCCUCCGCUCCGCCGCACAAGCUAGUUGCUGCCGCACGGCGCCGCGGGGGCCGACUUCGCCGCGGCAAUGCCGGGAGCCUGGGAAGCAGGUCCUCCGACUCCGCACGGAAAAGUCAAGAGUCCCGCGCCUCCGAGUGGAAUCAAUCGUCCGGCCGGCCGGGGAUGCUCGGGAGAAUCGCCAUUACUGGAGCCGGUCAUGCGGAUCGCUGCUCGAUUCGCGGCCUCGGCGGCAAGCAGUCGCGCCGCGUGUGCCGCGCGGCCCCGAACAGAAACGAUUUCAGAGCACAGCGGGCACACCCGGAUGGCACUGUCUUCCGCAGCUCUGCUCGUGUCCAAGUCCAAGUGGCUCUCUGUUCCGUCCAUUUCUUCUUCUUCUUCUUCUUUGGGUUCCGGGAGCUCCGCCUGUAUUUCCCUAAGCUGUACAUAAUUUUUACCGGCCGAGUUGCCCAGGUUGCUGGUAUUUUCGGCGGUCUC